AUACAGAAAUAAUAACUCAACGCAGAGCAAGAUGUCUGCAGGUAAUGCUGAUCUACAAGAUGAAGGACUACCUCUUAAUGCCCCUGACCAAGAUGUCCCACUUUAUGAAGAGGAAACGUAUAAUGAAGAUCAGACGAUAUUAUCAACCUCUGAGCCUUCUGAAGAACAUCUCCCUGAAGACAUUAGUGGAGAUCUGGAGGAGCAAGUAAAUGAACCAGUACCUGAAGAAGAGAGGUCUCCUAAUGCUUCUCCCGAGGAAAUGUUUCAUGAUGUAACAACUAAGGAAGCCCCUGAGGAGGAUGUUACAGAGGAAGAGACGUCACAACAAGGAAAAGGUAAAUUAGAGGCUACAAAUCCUGUGCAGGAAUCAUGCAGGAUUUCGGACAAUAACCUCACAGAGAGCCAGUGGUCAGAUGAAAGAAGUCAUUUCGCCUUAAUAUCUGCUGAUGUCAAUGAGAAGGACGAUGCAGAAGAACAAGCAGACACAGAGGUCUCAGCCCCUGAAGACUCACUUGUCUACAUUGCCACUCCAAGGACGGUGUUUGAAGUUGAAAACUCGGUUUUUACAGAUCAACCUCUUAAUUUAGCAUGGUCUUUUGGCAUGAAUAGCAACAUCCCAAUUUAUAAUCUUCAUGAUGAAGAGCAUCAAGUGGCUGUGUAUGUGUGUGCGCAUACUGCCGUCAUCCAUGAUUUCACACUGAACCGUCAGCGCCAUCUACAGGGUCACUGUAGCUGCAUUUCAUGUUUGUGUGUCAGUGAGGACAGAAGAUGGAUUGCUACAGGUGACCAAGGUCCAGAAAGUCUCAUCAUUCUAUGGGAUUCAUUUUCAGGAAUUCCUGUUCACACCAUAUUUCAAAGUUAUCCUCAAGGUGGAGUAAUUGCCAUAGCUAUGUCACAUAAUGCUAAGUACUUGGCAACUAUCGGAGGGGGUACAGUUCAGAAAGUCUGUAUUUGGGACUGGACAACUGGUUCUGAAACACCCUAUUGUACAACUGAGCUGAAUGCACAGUUUGGCCUUCAGAAAUACAUUAUAUUUAAUCCUGAAGAUGAGACACAGCUGAUCACCAACAGUGAGACACAAGUCAUAUUUUAUUCCUGGGAAAAUCGGAGUCUGGAAUAUGUUGCACCUCCACUGAACGACAAGACGUUUAACAAAGCCGUGGGAGCUUUCAGCCAAUCGGUUUUUGAUUUCGGCAAUAUAAGAUCCUUGACAGCUACAUCUGCAGGGAAACUGGUUGUCUGGGAGACCACCAAUCCCCCAUUGAUCAGAACAAAGUCGCCCAUAAAGCCACAUAAUAAGAAAGCUUUAAAGCUGAUGCAUCUGCAGCAAGAUGCCAUUACUGUGCUCACUACCCAUGACAGGUAUUAUGUGACCGGUGAUACGCGAGGACAUGUGAAAUUCUACGAUCAGCAACUUCAGCUUGUAAAUUGGUACAGCCAUCUUAAUCUGACACCUAUCCAUUCCAUGUCCUUCUCAAAACGCCCCCCUAUGGCAGCAAGUGAGAAGACAAGAUAUCCCGAGGACUGUUCUAUCAAGGGGGACCAGUUUGCUAUCAGCAAUUUCAUUGUAUCCACAUCAGAUGGUAUGGUUCUUCAUGUGUUUACUGAUGGUACAAUGCUGAAGAAGGUGUUGCAGGAGCCCACUGAAGCUGUUCACGCACUUACCUCUCACCCAAGCAAGAACCAGAUUGCUGUUGGGAGUUACAAUGGAAUCUUGAAGGUGUGGGACUACAAAGAUCGAAAAAGCUUCAUCAGCAGGAUCUUUGGAAAGGACAAAUGCCUACACUGCCUUGCCUAUGACCCUAAAGGCUUCUUUUUAGCAGCUGGAUUUACAGAUGGAAGUGUACACAUAUUGGACGCUGUGACACUAGAAGAUGAAACCAAAGAACCUUUCAAGUAUGCGAAAGGAUCAAUAACCCAUGUUACUUUCUCACAUAAUUCACAUUACCUUGCUACAGCAGAUCAAGAAUUUACAGUGACACUGUUUCAGCAAGUACAACAAAAUGUUGGCGGAAGUGCAUCCUGGGAAUACUUUGCCAGAUAUCGAAGCCACUAUAAACCUAUACAGAAUUUAAUUUUCGGUAUACAUUUGGAUAGCAAUGAACCCAGACUCCUAUCACUUGGCAUGGAUCGGAUGUUGGUGGAAUACGAUCUCACAAGCAGCAGUAAGGACCAUCUUGUAAUACAGAGCAGUGACCGUAUAGACCAGAGUGCUGUCCCCCAGUGUUUAGUUUGGUGUCCUCCUUUCACUAAGGAAAGCUUUAUUCUAGUAGCUAAUGAUGAGUAUAAAAUGAAACUUUACAACGCCACGACUAAAAUGUGUAGAAAGACCCUCUUGGGGCCAACAUUUGGUUCUCCUAUUAGGAAAAUGGAAGUGUUUCCUUCUUAUAGUCAGGAUCUAGGAAAAGGCUACCUGGUGUAUAUUACAGAUGACAAGGUUGGACUUCAGAUUCUACCAGUUGAUGGAAACCCGCACAAGACAAUGGCUCUUAUUUGUCAUCCGGAUGGGGUAGCCAACAUUGUCUGCUCAAGUGACGGUCAAUACGUCUUUACAGCUGGAGGAAAAGACUGCACAGUGAUAAUGUGGAAAGCAAACUUACAGUCUUUAGAGGCUGUUGCUUCCCUUGGAGGAGAAGAUCUGAUUCCGUUCUAUGGAAUGUUGCCAGGAGGAAAAGAUGGAGCAUUAUUCAAGGAGUUGGAAGAUUACUUUUACUAUGCACAAUUGCGUAACCAGGGUAUUGAUACAAUGGAGAACAGACAAGUUUCAACCCAUAUUCCCUUGAAAGAAGUUCCUUUUGUCAUGCGAGCAUUAGGAUAUUAUCCAACAGAGCAAGAGGUGGAAAAUAUGUUAAAUGAAGUGAAAUUUUGUGAAUAUGUACAUACUGGACAGCAAGUCACGCGUAUUAACUUGGGUGACUUCAUAAAACUUUACAUAAAUCACAGACCUGCAUUUGGAUUAAGUUUAAAAGAGCUACAACAGGCUUUUCAAGUUCUUGGUUUCACUAAUGAGAAUGGAGAGCAGGCUAUGAACAGAGGACAUUUAUUGCAGCUGCUGCAGACAAGGGGAGAACAUUUAACGGAGGAAGAACUUGCAGAUUAUCUCAGCACGUUGAUAGGGCUAAACCCAGAAGGAGGAAGUUCUGAAUUGGACAUCUCCAACUCUACAGGUUUUGCAGAACUGCUGGAACGGGAGAUACCAGGGGAAAUCACAACAAAAGUGUUGGCCACAGAUAUUCUUGGUUUACCAGUUGAUGAAUGCGAUUACGAAGAACACUCACGAAACCCAGAGAUUGCAUCUUGUUAACUAUUCUACAGAGGAUGUCUCCUCACUGUCUAUGUCACACAUCCCAAGUAUUUGUACAAUGUAUAAUUAUCAUUGGAAAUAUAUACAAUAGUUGUAGUUCUU